GAUGUACAAGAUAUUCAUUUUGAAUAUUUUCUGUAACAAUAAUUUAAAUACUCCUUUAACGUUUUGUCGAAAUUUGUGGACUUGUUAAAAAAUAUUGUAAACAGAUUAUCAACAACACGAAUCCUCAUUUGAUACAACAUUGCAAGCAAAGAAAGAUACACAAAUUGAGUAUAGCGACUUUGCAGCAACAAUUGUAAAAGAAAUGUAUGCUUAUGGCAAUAUUUCAGUAAAAUUGUGACAACUUUGCUCGAUAUCAGAAGUAAGAAAUAUUAUUUCGGCAAUAACAAACAAAAGGAUAAUUGAGCAAAUAAUUCUGCCAUUAUCAUGGCAACACAUGACGGCAACAGUUGCUAGCAAAUGGAUUAAACUGCUUUGCUUUUGCUGAAAUGUUAUUUGAUACAUUUCUGAGAAAAAAAUUUGCUAUAAAUCGAAAACAAGAUCAAGCACGACAUAUAUAUAUAUUCGCAUGAUGUUUCUUCCAAUGCUGAAUUUAUAAAUUUAUUCCUAGAGAAAAGUCUUAAGAUAUUGUGGAAUAUCUUAUAUUCCAAUCCUAUAUCGAUAUGCAAUAAUUGUUUAUUCAAGUCAAAGUACAUCGUGCACAGAAUGAUCCAUUAGAGGACAAAUUAGAGGACAGCGAGAAGAAAGUCAAUGUCAUCGUGGCUCCGAAAAUACAAUUGGCUACCAGCCGAAAUUUCCACGUUCUGACUCGCAUUUGAUCAGUCGUAUUUUACCAGUUACGAAUUGUCGGUGCUCUUUCAAUGUGAUUAAAGUAUUCGGAAUCGUAUCUUAACGCGUGCUUAAAAGUGUGCCUCGAAUGCCCAAAUUUGCGUCCUGUCUGUCGUGCUGUUUACGACCUUUUGACUUUCUUCUGAAUAGACGUUCUGGAAGAGAUAGAUAUGAUUAUGUUGAAUACAUGGCGCUCUGUCAGGUUGAAGCUGGAGAUGUCAUACUCAGGGUGAACGAAGUUGACGUCAAUCGAUUCAGUACGAAAGAAGUAUUGAAAUGUCUACGACUGUCUUCAGAUCCCGUUACUCUGAAACUGCGAAGGGAUCCUGCAGUGAAGGCUCACGUUCGCCGUCUUCUUUCUCCCGGACAACUUGCAAAGGAUGAAAAUAUAGAAUCUUCAAAAGAUGUUUUGGCGAAUACUCCUAAAAACAUCGUUACUGGUAGUAUAGAGAAGAAAGAAUUCAAGAAGACGCCGGUCACACCGGAUAUGUCCGCAGACUCGCCAGCGCUGACACCGACGCCUGCAACAACGACGAGAAGUAACGGCUCGUGCAGCGAUGCCUCUCUUUCAUCGGAAUUAGAGGCACUCUUGCCACCUGUGGACCAUUUUAAGGAAGAGGAACGAACUCAAUGGGAACCCCUGACCGCCGAGAAAUUCUCACGACAGAAAAAUACACCCCGGUUUGAAGCGUACAUGAUGACCGGCGACUUGAUGCUAAAUCUUUCCCGCACGCAACAAAGCAGUAAUUUGCUACCUAAGCAACAUCAGCAGCGAAAAGUGGAUUCCCUUAGGUACAAUCCCAAUCAUCAGCACACCACUACCACUAUCACCACCACUAGUGCCCAUCACAACCACAAUCAUCAUCAUCAUCAUCACCAUCAUCACCAUCAUCAUCAUAAUUCGGUGCCUAGCAGUCCCAAUGAGACUCAGCUGGCACAUCAGCAUCAUCAUCAUCGAGGAAGCGCUUAUAAAGCUUCCAGCUCGGCUAGUACAUCACCUGUAGGCGCUGCCAGACGCGAUGGAAUACAAAGCACUUCGGGAGCCCUAGUUCAAGUCGAUCCGGGCAAGAAUACUCCUUCAAGCUUUGGUUUUGUACGUACUUCGCGAUCGGAAGAUCAUCUGCAGUUUCAGAAAGAUCCCUCAAUGAGCGCCGUGGAUAUUGACAUCGAUGACGAUGUCACUUCAAGCCUGAACACGUUACUGGAUCCACGGCCAGAAGGCCUAAUGCCAAACGAGCGAAUAGUCUGGACUUACAAUGCGCCUGUUAGCUCACCGGCCGUUUCCUGCUGCCAAAACGGUGGUUCCUCAUCUUCGUCUUCGUCCUCAUCAUCCUCUUCGACAAGCCCUCAGCGUUCUCUGUCCCCUGCUUCCCCCACCUCCGUCUCGUCCUCCGUCAUGUCCUCCAACUCUGGUUCCCGUAGGUUCCCUCCGGCCCAAACUGUUCCCGGGGUUUCCAGCGCCCCGGGAGGUCAUCUCCCCGCUAACGGCGAUUUCAGCCAGUCGGAAGCCAUCAGCAACAUGUCCAGUCCAGACUACAAUGAUGAAGAAACAAUGGAUAUUCUCAGCGCGAGGGAUAUUAUGAUGGUGAGCGAUCCUAGCGACAGCGAUUCCACCAUUUUGGCAAGCGAACCGCCCCAGAGAAGACUGAAGGCUAAUCCUCAGGAUGCUGGAGAACAUAGAAUAGUGAUUCAAGUAAAAGGGCCUGACAAGGAGACUCCAAGAAAUACGAGUCCUAGGCAAGCGAGAAGAAGAGGAAAUCCUAUUGGGGAACUGCCGUCGUCUGCUGCAUCUCAAAAUUUGCAGAGAAAUCAACCCGGGAUUCCAGGAGUUCCUGGAAUCAUUACGGGAUCUGUGACACCGGAAUGCGUAGGUUAUCAGGAAUUAAAAGAGAGCGAAGAUGAGAGGGAGGCUCUGAUUGCUGGAAUAUGCGAUGAACAAAAGGGACAUGGAAGUGGCGCGUCGCCACCGCAGUCAGCAGACGAAGAGAGCGAUAUCGAGAGUUUGCACAGUUUUCAUUACAGUCCGAAAGCAGUAGAUUUGCCCUCUGCGAUUCGAUUGGCAAAACGUCUUUACUCUUUAGAUGGCUUCAAGAAAUUUGAUGUUUCUAGACAUCUAAGCAAAAACAACGACUUUAGUAAAGCUGUGGCGGAAGAGUAUCUACGUUAUUUCAGCUUCGAACGAGAUACAUUGGAUAUGGCUCUUAGAAAAUUUCUCGCUCAAUUUUGUCUGACAGGAGAGACUCAAGAAAGAGAGCGAGUUUUAGUACAUUUUUCCAAAAGAUAUUUGGAUUGCAAUCCUGGUAGUUUCAAUUCCCAAGAUGCAGUUCAUACAUUGACUUGUGCGAUAAUGCUGCUUAAUACAGACUUGCACGGUCAGAAUAUCGGCAGGAAGAUGUCGUGCUCAGAAUUCAUUGAGAAUCUAUCGGAGCUCAAUGAUGGUGACAACUUUCCACGUGAAGUACUCAAGCAGCUUUAUAACGCCAUUAAGUCUUUUCCCCUCGAGUGGGCUUUGGACGAAGAAGGGGAUGAAGCGACAAACCAAGCGAUCCAGCAAGGUGAUGGUACGGCGGCGAUUGCCGGUUCCGGAAAUCCGUUUCUUGAUGUGCCAAAUAUCACGGGCGCUACGGAGUUUAAAAAGGGUUAUGUUAUGCGUAAAUGCUGCUAUGAUUCCAAUGGCAAAAAAACUCCGUUCGGCAAACGUGGGUGGAAGAUGUACUAUUGUACAUUACGCGAGCUCGUGCUAUACCUGCACAAGGAUGAACACGGUUUCCGCAACGACAGUUUGCACAAUGCUAUACGUAUUCAUCACGCGUUGGCUACCAAGGCGACCGAUUACACAAAAAAACAGCAUGUUUUCCGAUUGCAGACUGCCGACCAGGCUGAGUAUCUCUUUCAGACAAGUGAUUCGAAGGAGCUACAGUCAUGGAUAGAUACCAUUAAUUUCGUGUGUGCCAGUUUUUCAUGUCAGCCUCUCGCAGGCGCCGUUGGAUCUCAGCGCAAGUUCCAGCGUCCAUUGCUGCCGUGUAGCCACACCAAAUUAAAUUCUAGAGAACAGUUGCGGGACCACGAAGAUAGGGUCAAUAGGCUAGAAACGGAACUGGACGAACAUAGACGGCAUCCUCCGGAAAGAGGUGCCAAGGCUCUCACUGUACAAAAUUAUAAAGAAAAAGACGCAUAUUUGCAUCACGAGCUGAAGCGGUAUAAAACAUAUGCCUAUCUUCUUCGUUCCCGACUGGCGUUCAGUGAGAUGGAAUCGUCGCUAGUUGAGAGCAGUAUUGGUGAAGUAGACGAGGGUAUGCCACUUGGACCUACUGGAGCCAUAGGAAACGCGGAAGGAGCUCUAGUACCACCGCCAGUCCCUGAACGACCAGCCACAACUAAUAGGUACAGUUAUAGGACCGCCAUUUACAGCAGCGGUGGUCGUAAUCUACUGAACGGUGGCAAUCAGGACUAUAAUGCCACCAGUGGUGACGUUGGUUGACGCAAUGCUUAUGGCCUAUGCGGGCUAUUCUGACCCCGGUGCUGGUGCUGGUGUUGGUGACGUUGAAGUUUGACGAUAGACACGAGUGACGCAAACUAACAAUAUACCCGGCAGCACAUUACACGCUCCAAUGGUGUUACUAAGUGUUACAUACAAUCAUAAACAAAAUACUGUUCACUACUGAUGUUGUGAAGUUGAAUUGCAGCUGCAUUGAACUUUUUCCCCUUUCUCAGUCGAUCAACUGGCUGGAGGGGAAGGCGCAACAAAAAAAGAAAAGCUUAAUGCAAAUGCAGUUCUAUUCGCUACGUUUGUACCGAACAGUAUUUUGUUAUUCACUGUUCACUCCAUUCAGUGGCGCAACUAUUUGAAAAAAUUUUAUAAGCAUGUUAAAAAUAUAAAAUGCAAUCAAAAAGAUGGGUUUUCAUGUAAAAACAGGUCAAAAAUAUAAAAACUUUAUUUUUCUCGAAGUUUUUUUCAAUUAUUUUAAUUAAUUAAGAGUAAUAACGCCACUGAUAUUUUAUACUUUUGUCGUGUCUUCUAAUUACAGUAGCUAUUUUAAUUCUUGUUGGAUCUAUUUACCUUUUCAACUCUGACUUAUUUAUUUUACAUAAAAGUUAACUUUAUGUUAAAUUGGAUAAAUAUAUAUAAAGUUCACUAUGGCAAUACAUUUAUAAUAAAAUAUUCAAGAAAAAAAUAUUUGUAUAAACAAGGUGUUCCAAAAUUCGAUUCAAAAUGUUAUAACGGGAAAAUUCUUGAAAAAUUAAAUAAAAUAUUAUUUGUAAAUUUUAAUUUUAAACAGCAAUUUUUGAGAUAUAAGUAUUUAUAGCUAGAGAGUCAAUCACUAACUACGUUUAGUCGGAUAUCCAUGAGCCGCACAAGCAAUAGUAUUAGUGGCCACAUGACAAAUAACCGUUUAAAUGUAAUAUCUGAUUGAUCAGCUUUAAGCCAUUGUAUCUCAAAAAUUAUUGCUUGAAAUAAAAAUCUACAAAUAACUAUUUUACUUAAUUUUGUAAUAUAUAAUAUAUGAUUUAUUGAUUAUUGUUAACAUGUCAUGUAAAACUGUUGACAUAGUUUACAUUGUAUACAUUGUGUACGUAAUGUAGAUUAUUUAUAUUUUAUGUGUAAACGCCCAAUGUAAACUAUGUUUUACGCGUGUCAUUCAUGCAAACAAUAAUCAAUGAGAAUCGGAAGGUUUAGAUUUCAUCAAUAAUGAAAAUUAUAAUCUAUUUUGUAUUUUUAAUAUUAUAUAGAGUAUCUGAUAAUUAUACGUUAACACAAUGCUCGUGACUAAGUAGAGUGGACUAAAUUGAACAGAAAAGUCUCGUAUCAUUUUUAUAAUAAUUAAUAAGAAAUUAAUUUAAAAAGCUCUACAAAUCACUGUAGAGUGUUUAUGGUUACUAGGUGUAUGGUGAGGUAGUGAGAGAAAAGAUCGCGUGUUUAUGGUUACUAGGCGUAUGAUGAGGUAGUGAGAGAAGCGUUCUAUAAACAAUAAUGUGCCGUUCAUAGCCAUUGUGUUUACAAAGCGCUUCUCCUAUUACCUUGCCGCGCGUUAAAAAACCAUAAAUGCUGGGUUCUCUCUUGAUGCCAAAUCAUGCGGACACAAGCUUAUUUGUAAAUUUUUAUAAAUUAAUUUUUCUUUAAUCACAACCAUUAAUCACAAAAAUUGCAAAAUAGUAUAGGAUUUUUCUAUUCAGUUUAGGCCACUACAUUAUUUUUCCUGCUUUAAUAUUUGAUAAAUAAUAAAGAUGAACUGAUUUCAAGAGCAAUGCGAGCAUUAAAUGGAACGUGCUGCAAGUCCGCUUUACUUACUAACCAGCGUUUAGUUAAUAAUUAUCAGAUACCUUAUGUAUCUUUAUUUUAUUAAUAAGAUAUAUUAAUUUUAUAACUUUAUUACUUUUUCUAUACUGUUAUCCAAUUUAUACUAAUUUAUAUUGCUUGUACUGUCUACAUAAAAAAAGAUUCAUGACGCAAGGAGUUUUAUUAUUGGUAUGAUCUAUAUAAUAUAUAUAUAUUUUAUAUAAUUGGACAGUUCAUGUUUAAAAAAAUAUUCGAUAAUAUUUGAUAAAUUAUGUUAUCAAUAUAUAAAGAAUUUAAGUUCAAAUUUUCCAUUUUUCAAAAGCCUUCAAUUGGAAUUAAUUUAUUAUUUAAUUUAACAUUUGAAAAUCCAAGUACUAAAUUGGAUAGAUUAUAAAAGAAAAUAGUUUCUUAUAAAAAAAUUAUGUUAUUUACACUGAAAGUUUUCUUCGAAAAUUUUUAUUUCAAUAAUUACAUAAAGUUACAUAUAAAUGUUAAUACUUUCAAAAAUAAUUUUAAAUGUCUUUUAAAAUUGUUUUUAUUUUUUUUGCUUAUUUUUUCUUAUCUAUUUCUUUUUCUUUAACAGAAAAUAAAUGUGACUUUGCUAUUCUAUAAAUUCUAUUUCAUUAUUGAAGACAACGUGCAAAAGGAUCCUUGGAGAUAACAUAUGCUGUUUCCCCGAUAUUGUUAGUUUGCGCACAAAUAUUAAAUAUGCAAAUUAAAAAAUAUAUAAAAGUUGAGAGGCUGUUAAGACUGGGUAGAAGAAAAUUUUCACGUUUUGACUUGUUAAAGAGUUGAAGAAAAUGUGUCAAUCAUUUGUGACUGUAAAGAAAAACAUUUACAAAUUUGUUAUUUUGUUAAUGGUCUGACAUAAAUAUUAAAUGAAUACAUUUUUUAUUUAUAUAACUUUAUAUUCGGGCAAUUUUUUGUGCUUUUUGUAUUGUAUUCAAUUACUAAUAUAUUUGUUGCUUUCGAUAAUAUCUUGUUAAGUUUUUUUUACAUACAACAUAAACAAUUAGUUUCAUUUUUCUUUCCAAUAUUAAUCAAGAAAUUUAUAUCUUAUAUAAAAGAUAGAUGUAAAAUUAAGCAUGCCAUAUUUUUAUUUAAACUAAAUAAAUUAUAUUAUGUGUAAAUAUA